AGUCGGCGAUUAAGAUUUCGGUAAGACAUACACGGAUUCCUGGAACUAUACAUGCAGUACCUGUGAUGCAGCUGAUGACAGUGGCUUCUUCCCCUAUAUAAUAAAUCACAAUUGAAAUUGUUCAACCACCACAUCAUCUAGUCACUUUCUCACACAAUUUCUCAUUCAUUUGACCAAAUUGCCAAUGCUCUGGUUACCAGAAUCUGGUACAUUGUUCAUUUACACCAGGAUUUAAAGAAAGUCUCAGGUCAUGGGAUGUAUGAGUGGUUAUUUACAAAAAAUACAAUGCCUGCUUUUGAAUAUUAAGCUAAAUUGUUAAGUUUGGUGUUUUUAUGCAAAAAAAAGAGAUUUAACUUAUUUUUCAUUUGUACUUAAGUUGUAUGUACUUACGUGUAUUUUAUUUUUCUACUUUGAUCUCUGAGUUUCUUCUGCUUCAGAAAUGUAAUUCUGUUGAAAGUUUAAAUUCCAUUAUUCUAAACCACACCUCUGGACAGAUACAAAUUGUGAGUUAACUCAUGACAAAUCAGACUAGCAGCUUUUUUCUUCGAUAUGAGUGGACAAAACUCCGGCCACCCGGAAGACAGCGGUUUCCAAAAUAUGCGUCUCUUGCGUUGUCCAAUCGUAGCAAGUGAGCGCAUACUUGUCACUAGCGGAAGUUUUGGGUGAAUUGUACGCGGGAAAUUGAGUGGUCUAGCUACCAGCUGCCUUACUCGGUGGUGUGUACUGUCAGCGAAGGACGAAGAACAAUUAAGCAGUAGCGAAAGUACGGGAUUCACAGAAUGAAGGUGAUUACGUGUGAAAUCGCGUGGCACAACAAGGAGCCGGUCUACAGUCUUGACUUUCAACACAGCUCAGAGGGACGCAUAAACCGGCUGGCCACCGCUGGAGUGGACACCACUGUUAGACUGUGGCGUGUUGAGACUGGUCCUGAUGGGCGGGCGGUUGUAGACUUUUUGUCAAACCUGGCCAGACACACCAAGGCUGUCAACGUGGUCCGCUUCAGCCCCAAUGGAGAGCUUCUGGCUUCAGGAGGAGACGACGCAGCUAUCCUGCUGUGGAAACUCAAUGACAGUAAAGAAUCAGAACAGCCUCCAUGCUUCCAGGAGGAGGAGGAUGCUCAGCUUAACAAGGAGUGCUGGACUGUGGUCAAGACCCUGCGGGGCCACAUAGAAGAUGUGUACGACAUCUCCUGGACCAGAGACUCAAACCACCUGGUGUCUGGAUCUGUGGACAACACUGCUAUCAUGUGGGAUGUCAACAAAGGUCAGAAGCUUUGCAUCUUUAAUGACCAUAAGAGCUAUGUUCAGGGAGUGGCCUGGGAUCCCCUGGGCCAGUAUGUAGCUACGCUAAGCUGUGACAGAGUGAUGCGCGUGUACAGUACCCAGACCAGAAAGAAGGUCUUUGGUGUCAGUAAGAUGAGCUCUGGAGCAGCUGGAGAAGGAGAGGUGAAAAACUACAGAAUGUUCCAUGAUGACAGUAUGAGGUCAUUCUUUAGACGCCUCACCUUUACUCCAGACGGAUCCUUCCUGCUCGCCCCAGCGGGGUGUGUGGAGGCGGGGGACAAUGUGACCAACACCACCUAUGUCUUCUCUAGGAAGAGCCUCAAGAGGCCUAUAGCUCACCUGCCCUGCCCUGCCAAGGCCACCCUGGCUGUCCGCUGCUGUCCUGUGUACUUUGAACUGAGGACCAAGAAGGGAGAGGAUGGCUCUCAGCAGCCUCUUCCCAACACAUUCCAGUUGCCAUACCGACUGGUGUUCGCCGUGGCGUCUGAGGAUAGUAUCUUCCUGUACGACACGCAGCAGACGCUCCCUUUUGGCCUGAUCUCUAACAUCCACUACCACACUCUCAGUGACCUCACCUGGUCUGGAGAUGGUUCCUUCCUGGCGGUGUCAUCUACGGACGGCUACUGCUCUUUUCUGUCCUUCUCCCCUGGAGAGCUGGGCACCCCUCUAAAAGAGCCCCCUGCCCUGGAGGUCAUUGCCCCAGGAAACGGCUUGGAGAAAAAGGGCAAGAAGGCAGCAGUAGCAGGCAGGAUGAUGGUGUCCCCCAUACCCCACAGCACAGAAGCAACCCCCCAGGCCACUGCUCCUGCAUGUGUAGCUCUCCCCUCCAGCCCCAUCACACCUCUCUCCUCCCUGGCCUUCCCCCCUGCUCCCCAGGCUGGUGGAGAGAAGAACAUCCAGAUUGCCAAGACCAAGGCCCAGCCUCGUAGGAUCACCCUCAGUACCCUCGAGGCCUGGAGUAAACCUGCCACCCCCAAACCCCAGACCACUGCCCCCGAGAGAGGCAGCCCCAGCACUCCCUCGACACCCCAGAUUUGCCUCACCCCGACCAGCUUGUCCACAGCCCAGCCCCGUCUCCACCCCCUCACCCCCUCCACCCCCAAGCUCAGUAGCAGCAGCACUGCAGGGCCCAGCACCCCAAAGACCACCACCCCGAAAGGGCCCACCCCCAGACGGAUAUCCCUGACUCCUGUGGUGACUUGCUCUCCAGCCGCCAGUCAGCAAUUCAGCGCACUCACCUCCACUGAGAAAGCCAAACACGAACGUCCCUCUCCCCCCACAGACCCUGUGUUCCUGCCCCCCGACUCCAAACGCCCCAAGACCAGCACCCCCCAGCAUUAAGACCAUUUCCCCUUCCACCUGCAGGGACCCCUUAUGACCAACAUGAGUACAGGACAGCAACAAUACUGGUGUCAGCAGUCUACACGCACACACACUGAGCCAAGUUUGCCGUCUUCCUUUAACUGUAACACAUUCAUUUACCCCCCCCACACACACUCUAACACACACACACAUACACAACAAUCCAGGUUAACAUUUUGUAUUUUCUAACUCAGUAAAACAGAAACAUCUCCCUUUGAAGCCCAUUUGGAUGUCAGUGUGUUGCCAGAUGGCUGUUACUAACACGUAAUGCCACCUCACUACACACUUGUCUGACUACAAUCUGAAGGGCAGCACCUCACUUCAGCUGUAUAGAAACUGCCACUGGUAACGAUGCCUUAUCAUUCUGAACUGUUUUAUAGGUAAUUGUGGAUUAUACUGUGGAUUUGUAUAACAAUUCAAUAUAGGAAUGCUUGUGAAAACAAAUGUGCUGUCUCAUUUGUUCAUAUUUUAUAUGUACCAGUUUCAUAAGAAAAUAUUUUAUUGAAUGGCAAGACAAUGGUGUACAGAGUAUAUCAUUUUGGCUUUGUAGCCUACUGCCUUUGAGAAUGAUUUAUGCUAUAAAUUCAAAGCCUCCCUUUUGAGUAUUGAUGCAGAUGUAGGAUUGCAAGGCUUUGGAAUUAUUUAUCUGAUCAUAUACAAAGGAGUAUAUUUUAAAAAAAUAUUCAGAAUGUUAGCAGGAUCAUUUAAGGAUGAUCAAAGUUCAUUGAGCUGAGGUCUCUUUGUCAUUACUAGUCUUAUCUAACAAUCAGUUUGAUGGGAGCACAAUGAAA